UUAAAAUCCACCCUCCCCCAAAUUUUUAUUUUAGGGUUUCAAGCCGACCCGCCAAAUCCUCUCCAGCUUGUUUUUCUUUUUCUAUUUUUUCCCUUAAACGACGGCAUUAUUUUUGUGAAUCGGAUUCUGAUCCGGAUCCUCAUUGUUGAUUCGGAUCCUAACAAUGGCGUCGCCGCCGCCAUCGCCACCGCCGUCUGCUUCCAUCACCAGAUCGGAGCCUCCUAAGGACUCUCCGAUGAUAAAGUCUAAUCAGGAGACCACUCUUGCAAGCGAAGAGGUUUUAUUAGUUAUUGAAUCGUUAAAGAAGCAAGUUGCAGCUGACCGAUGCGUUUAUGUUAUGAAAAGGAUGGAAGAGAACAGACAAAAGUUGGUUGGCAUUACAAACCACCUCGAUAAGUUGUCAAAGGAAAGGAAGAACAAUUGGAUUAGCGGUACUGACAACAGUAUAGAUUUAUUUACAAAGAGGCAAAACGAUGCACUCAGUAUGCAUGGUGGUAUUGACUCGACUAAUGUAGAUAAGGAUAGCCAUGGCUCUGAAGAAGAUGGUCAUGCUUCCACUGCAGUUCUUUUGGGUUCCAGUAUUCCAGUGAAGAAUGCAGUACGGCCUAUUAAGCUACCUGAAGUGAAUAGAUUACCACCUUAUACAUCAUGGGUUUUCUUGGACAGAAAUCAAAGAAUGACAGAGGAUCAAUCAGUGGUUGGUCGAAGGAGAAUUUAUUAUGACCAAAAUGGGGGUGAAGCACUAAUCUGCAGUGACAGUGAAGAGGAAAUAAUUGAUGAAGAAGAGGGGAAGAGAUAUUUUGUAGAAUCUGAAGAUUAUAUUCUGCGGAUGACAAUCAAAGAAGCUGGUUCAUCUGAUCCAGUGGUGGAAUCACUAGCUCAUUGUUUUUCUAGAAGCCCUAGUGAAGUGAAGGCAAGAUUUGAGGUUCUUAAGAAGGAAGAGAAGGCUGUGGAGGAUUCUAAGAAUAAAGAUAUUGAAGCACAAACACUGAAUUCUUUCCUUGUUAAAGAUCUUGAAGCUGCUUUGGAUUCGUUCGACAACCUAUUUUGUCGCAGAUGCCUUGUAUUUGAUUGUAGAUUACAUGGAUGUUCGCAGGAUCUUAUCUUCCUUGCUGAGAAACAAUCUCCAUGGAGCUAUCCAGAAGACAACAUAACAUGUGGGUCACACUGCUACAAAUUGGUUUUGAAGUCAGAAAGAAUUGCCUCAGGGAUUGCUCCUCAGCAUGGGGUUAUUGAAGAAAAUUCUAUCUGUCAAUCAGAUGGUGCUAGGGUACCUAUAUCAUCAAGGAAGAAAACUUCCGCUUCAUCUGCCAGAAGGAACGUGAAGUCCUGCCAAAGUGAAAGUGCUUCAUCAAAUGCAAAAAACAUUUCAGAGAGCAGUGACUCAGAGAUUGGACCUCAUCAGGACACCUCUCCCACUAGUCAGAUAUCACCUUCCAAGUCUAUGCUUGUGGGGAAAGGUGGGACUUGUAAGAGGAACAGCAAGCGAGUGGCUGAACGUGUUCUAAGUUGCAUGCGGAAAAGGCAGAAGAAAAUGGUGGCUUCUGAUUCCGAUUCUGUUGCUAGUGGAGGCCUUUUGUCAAUUGAUUUGAAACGUAGAUCCACCUCGCACAAAGGAAAGGAAGAUGCAAGUUCUUCUCAUAAGAAUGCAAAAUCUCCCACCAUGGCAAGGUCUAGGAGGAAAGAAUUGAUGAAUCAGGACAGCCACAACUUAGUGCAGGGUGAAUUUCAUGAUGGUCUAUCAAGUGAGAUGGUCGCUAAUCCACCUGUGACUAGCAGUGAUGACACCUUGAGGAAAGAAGAGUUCAUAGAUGAACAUAAAUGUAAAAAAGAGUUAAGUGAUGACAGAUCUUGGAAAGCUAUUGAAAAAGGCCUAUUUGAGAAAGGUGUUGAGAUUUUUGGCGGGAACAGUUGCUUAAUUGCUAGGAACCUUUUAAAUGGUUUAAAAACAUGCUGGGAGGUUUUUCAAUACAUGACUCGCUCUGAGAAUAGGCUAGCAUGCGAAGCAGGUGAUGCUGGAACUCUUGGUGAAGGGUACUCCAAGUUUGAUUUCAAUGGAACAAUGGUUAAGAAUGAAGCAAGAAGGAGAUCAAGAUUUUUAAGGAGAAGAAGUAAAGUUCGUCGCUUGAAGUACUCUUGGAAAUCUACUGCUUACCAUUCUUUUAGGAAGCGGAUAACUGAAAGAAAAGAUCAACCUUGUCGUCAGUAUAAUCCAUGUAGUUGUCAAACUGCUUGUGGAAAGCAGUGCACUUGUUUGCUAAAUGGCACAUGUUGUGAGAAGUAUUGCAGAUGUCCUAAGAGUUGCAAGAACCGAUUUAGAGGCUGUCAUUGUGCUAAAAGUCAAUGUAGAAGUCGUCAAUGUCCAUGCUUUGCUGCUGACAGGGAAUGUGAUCCAGAUGUUUGUAGGAAUUGUUGGAUCAGUUGCGGUGAUGGUACUCUCGGUAUUCCCAGCCAAAGGGGCGAUAAUUAUGAAUGCAGAAAUAUGAAGCUUCUUCUUAAACAACAACAGCGGGUUUUACUUGGAAGAUCUGAUGUAUCAGGCUGGGGUGCUUUCUUGAAGAAUAGUGUUGGCAAGCAUGAGUACCUGGGUGAGUACACUGGUGAGCUGAUUUCACAUAGGGAAGCAGAUAAGCGUGGGAAGAUAUAUGACCGUGAAAAUUCAUCAUUUCUCUUCAAUCUCAAUGAUCAGUUUGUUCUUGAUGCAUACCGGAAGGGUGACAAACUAAAGUUUGCCAACCAUUCUCCCGACCCUAAUUGCUACGCUAAGGUCAUAAUGGUUGCCGGGGAUCACCGAGUGGGCAUAUUCGCCAAAGAACGAAUUAAUGCCGGGGAGGAACUUUUCUAUGAUUAUCGUUAUGAGCCAGACAGAGCUCCUGCCUGGGCUAGGAAGCCUGAAGCAUCUGGAUCAAAAAAGGAAGAUGGUAGUCAUUCAAGUGGCCGUGCAAAGAAGCUUGCUUAAUAUGGCACCUACUACGUACACAUCCUCAAUUCAAAACUUUUGUCAAUUCUUUUAUCAUUCUCACUGACUGUAGGGGAUAGGUUCAUGAUCAAUCAUUUUGUUAUUGGAGAGGCCAUUGUCAUCUCCACCAUAACCUAACUAAAUUUUAUUCCUCAAUUAACAUUUAUUCCAA